GCCUGCCUAAUGUUGGUAAGAGUAGUCUCAUUAAUAGCUUAAAGAGAUCCCAUGUUGUCACUUGUCAAUGUUGGUUCUACUCCUCGCUUAACAAGAUCUAUGCAAGAGGUUCAGUUAGACAAGAAUGUAAAAUUGUUAGACUGCCCUGGUGUUGUGAUGCUUAGAUUUGGAGCAAAUGAUGCAUCAAUGACUCUUCGUAAUUGCAAAAGAAUCGAGAAGUUGGACGACCCGACUGGUCCAGUGAAGGAGAUUCUAAGGCGUUGCCCACCCAGCAUGUUGGUAACUUUGUACAAGCUCCCUAGCUUUGACUCGGUCGAUGACUUCCUUCAAAAAGUGGCUAUUGUUAGGGGUAAGCUGAAAAAGGGUGGUGUUGUGGAUGUGGAAGCUGCUGAAAGAAUUGUUCUGCAUGACUGGAAUCAGGCCACUCAAUCUCAGAAAUCUCAACUCCAUGAUUUUGAAUCCUCGGAUUUGCUUGGCUGCUGCAACAGCAGCAGCUUGGAUUCGAUUCGGUCCAGCAUCGACGAUUGCACAGAUUCUACGGUCACAGAUGAGAAGAAGGGAUUGACGAAAAUCAGUGGCGGUUACCUCUGCAAUUCGAUAGAGUCUAGGUUAUUGAACUCCGCUGUGGACAAUGUCGUCGGCGGCUCCGAGAAUGAGAUGGGUGAGGAGCUCGAUUUGUUGCUCAAUUUGUGUUCCGAUUCUCAACUAGAAGAUGAUUUGGUUCGAUGUCCACUAUGUGGGAUUGACAUCUCCGACAUGAGUAACCAAAAACGCCAAAUACACACCAAUCAGUGUCUUGACAAAGACCAAACUCGCCUGAAGGUGAUGACGGCGAUGACAGAGUUUGAAGACGACCUUUUACUCGCCUGGGUUUUUUGUUGUCGGUUGUGGCUUUUGCUCACUGGGGUUCACUUGUUGUGGGUUAUGGCUUUUGAUCGCUGGAGUUUGCCGCCGUGGGUUGAAUCGAUUUUGAGGCUUGGGUUUGAAUGGGUUGUGGGUCUGAAUAGGUUGUGGUUCUUAGGUUGGUUUUGA